AAUUGUUUCAUAAAACAGAUGCAGUUGAAUCUCCACUUUGCAGUGCUCCAUAUUAUUCUAAUCAAAUGAUUAUUGGGCUUGAAGAGUGGUAUGCAAAUGAUGAUGAUGAAGAAAUACAAUCAAGUCUAAAUAAUGAUGUGGAUUACAGUACUGGUGCUGUUAAUGAUGAAGGAGAAGACAGUGAUGUAAUAUUGGAAGUCCAGGAAAUUCCGGAUGAACCCUUUGAGAUUGACCAAACAUCUAAAGCCGUGGAUGUACCUAUGCCGGAUACACCAUCUACCAAUGUUCUACCUAAAGGACGAAAAAGACGACUGCCAUCAUCCACUCAGGGAUCUAAAAGGGAUAGGACCGUUAAUGCCUUGGCAAAAAAAAUAAAAGAAACUAGUGAUGCCAACUGGAGGAGAAUGUCAUCAAUGUUGGAAAGAAUGCGAAAGGAAGACCAAAAAGAAAGAGAAGAAAUGACAACUCUGAUGAAUACACUAACAUCAGUACUGGAAAAGGGGAAUAAAGACCGUCAGGAGGAAAG